UCUUCAUUCACUCUUCAUUCACUCUUCAUUCACUCACUUCAUCCACUUCAUCAUGUUGAGCCGCCUCGCUCCGUCGUCAGCAUCGGCAUCGUCUGCGGCUGCCAUCCGCACCAGCCUCGCUCGCAUCGCAACGCUUGCCCAGCCCAGCAGCGGCAGCAGCAGCAGCAAGCGGUUUGCUCCGAUCGCAAUCCGCCACUUUGCCGCUUCGCCUCGCCUGUCCACCACCACCACCACCACCACCACCCCAGUCAUGCGUUCCUUCAGCACCCGCGCGUCCGCUAGCAUUGCGAUGCAGCAACAGAACGCGCAGGGCCUCGACGCGCAGUCUGCGAAGGGCACCGCGACCGACAUUCUGCCUCCGCCGCUGCAGACCCGCACAACCCCCGUCGAAGAGGAGGCGGUGCACUUCCGCAUCAGCGAUCAGGUUGCGCAGGCCGUUCUGCAGCAGCACGCACCUGCGACUGCGGGCGAGAAGGACUACCUGCUGCCCCACCGCAUCUGGACCAAGGAGGAGCUCAGCCAGGUCGAGCUGACUCACCACAAGCCCGACAACCUCGUCGACUGGACUGCGUUCGCCGCCAUCAAGUGCAUCCGCCUCGGGUUUGACGUGCUCUCGGGCUUUGCGUUCGGCGAGCGCACCCCGGACAAGUGGCUCACCCGCAUCAUCUUCCUCGAAACGGUCGCAGCGGUGCCAGGAAUGGUCGGCGCCAUGAUCCGCCACCUGCAGUCCCUCCGCCUCAUGCGCCGCGACCACGGCUGGAUUCACACGCUGCUUGAGGAAGCUGAGAACGAGCGCAUGCACCUCCUUACCGCUCUGCAACUGAAGCAGCCCUCGCAGCUCUUCCGCCUGGCCGUGCUUGCAGUCCAGGGUGUGAUGACCAACACCUUCUUCUUCCUGUACAUUCUGGCGCCGCGCUUUGUGCAUCGCUUUGUCGGCUACCUCGAGGAGGAGGCUGUCUACACUUACACCAAGUGCCUUGACGACAUCAAGACGGGCAAGCUGCCAGAGUGGAAGACGGGCAAGGCUCCUGAGAUUGCGAUCAACUACUGGAAGCUCGACAAGGCAGCGACGAUGGAGGAUGUCAUUUACGCCAUCCGCAGCGACGAAGCGCAUCACCGCCUUGUCAACCACACCUUUGCCAACCUGCAUCAGCUUGGCCAGUCUCGCAACCCCUACGGACCUGGCGAAUAAAGACAAGCGCGAUGAGUUUUUGUUUUCGAGUCAGACACGGACGCUUUGAACUGUUGAGCGCUGUCUCUGCGUUGCCUGUAUUUUUUUUUUUCUGGUUUAAUUCGUCGGAAACCGCCGCCUUGUCCGCCAUCAAUAUUACAGUUGGGUUUUUUUUUGUGAGCACAACAACCGUUUGUUUGGGCUUCGAUUCCAUUCUUUCUUUCUUUCUUGUCUUUCC